AACGUCUCCUUCCUCUUCUCUCGAACCCACCGGGCCACCCUUCAGUGUCUCAGUCUUGUCACUCUCUCACUAAGCCCAAUCUCUCUCAUCUCUCUCGCUGUCGCUCUCGCACUCAAGCUCUCUCAUCUCCGGUCUCUCUCACUGCCUCCGGUAUCGCACUCAAGCUCGUCGUCGCUCUCUGUCUUGUCACCGUCUCGCAGUCAGCGCGCGCCUUCCCUGCGCUCGCCGUCGCUCUUUGUCUCGUCACUGUCUCGCAAUCAGUCGCGCGCCUUCCCUGCGCUCGUCGUAGCCGGUGGCAGAAGCAGCACGUCCCGGGGCUGGUCGUCGUUGUCGUCUUUUGCUUUGAGCCUCGCCGUCAGCUUCCUCCUCGACGUCAGCAGCUGGUCCCCGAUUUGUCACAUAAUCCCAUCAUUACUUGUUUCAUUCCGUCGCGCUUCUGCCGUCGUUCCGUCCCCCGUUCGUGUCCCCUUCAACGUCGCCUCUGUUCCGCUUUGGUCACCCCCUCUGCGGGCCACUGCUCAUUUGCCAUCCCCUGGGAAAAAGGGAUCAUGGUGGGAUUCAAGAACCGAUUUAUGGUGAUGGAGGUUUUUCUAAACCCUAAUAGAGAAAAUUUAGGGGGCACCCCUCUGAUAAUUACACAGUUUAAUGUCACAAAAGCUAUAAAAGACAGCAUCCUUGUAAAUUUUGGGGUGUGUGGUUUGGCUACAGCAAUGGCAUCAUUUGAUGUCAAGUAUGUAAAUCCAAUCACUAAUUUGUGUAUAAUUAGAGCUGCAACGGAGGACUAUGAAAAAGUAUGGUCUGCCAUUACAAUGGUUAAAAAUAUUGCACAUGUGCCUGUCAUAUUUAACUUGCUGGAUAUAACUGGAAGUAAAAGGUCAUGCCAAUCUCUGGCCUUGAAAUGUGAGGAAUCAAAGUUUGAGCAAUACAAACUAACGGUUGGUGAUCAACUCAAACCUGAUGAACCUAAACGUAUGUCAAGCUUUCUUGAUCGGAUCAAAGCAUCAAAGUUUUAGGGCACUGAAUAUUUUGGCCACAAUAGUAUGCCUUAUUCUUCCUUGUGAUUGUUUGUGUUUUUGUGUUCAAUCACAAUAUUGGUCUAAACUUCUAGAUGAAAGUUCUAAUAUCUCAAAUCUAUGCAGAACUGUCAAUUUUCCUUAAGAGUUAAGAGUGUAUUAUGUGAUAUCUAAUUACUUCCUUCAGCCUUGAGAGGAGAGGUUGAGAAAAUGAUUAAACACUGCAAUUUUGUUUUGUCUUACAUUUUCAAAUCCUUUGUAAAUAAUCAUAGUAGUAGUAGUCCAA